AUGACUCUAGCUUGUGUUAAGUUAACAAAACAAACAAACAACACAGAAACUGCAGGGCAUGGUGGGUAAUCACAGCUGCACUUUCUUCUGUUUGCUCCAGGGAGCAUGGUGGAUUGCCCACGGUAUAGUCUCUCUGGCGUGGCUGCCUCCUUCCUCUUCGUUUUGCUGACUAUAAAGCACCCAGAUGACUUCAGAGUGGUCGGUCCUGCCCUCCCUAUCCUGGCCAAAGUCGGGGAAGAUGCCCUGCUAACCUGUCAGCUCCUCCCCAAGAGGACCACGGCACACAUGGAGGUGAGGUGGUACCGCUCAGACCCUGACACGCCUGUGAUUGUGUACCGGGAUGGAGCUGAGGUGACCGGGCUACCGAUGGAGGGGUACGGAGGCCGGACAGAGUGGACGGAGGACAGCACUGAAGAAGGGAGUGUGGCUCUAAAGAUUCGCCAGGUCCAGCCAAGUGACGACGGCCAGUACUGGUGCCGCUUCCAGGAGGGGGACUACUGGAGAGAGGCCAGCGUGCUACUCCAAGUGGCUGCUCUAGGUUCUUCCCCAAACAUCCAUGUGGAGGGACCUGGAGAAGGACAGGUCCAGCUCGUGUGCACGUCCCAAGGCUGGUUCCCUGAGCCUGAGGUCUACUGGGAGGGCACCUGGGGAGAAAGGUUGAUGAGUUUCUCUGAGAAUCAUGUGCUGGGUGAAGAUGGGCUGUUCUAUGUGGAAGACACACUGGUGGUCAGGAAUGACAGUGUAGAGACCAUUUCCUGCUUCAUCUACAACCAUGGCCUCAGAGAGACUCAGGAAGCCACCAUCGCUCUGCCAGAGAAACUCCAGACAGAGCUGGCUUCCUCUAGGGUAACUGGAUCUUCCCAGCCUAUUCCUGUUCGAGUCGGAGAGAACAUAGAAUUAACUUGUUACCUCUCACCUCAAACGGAUGCUCAGAGCUUGGAGGUGAGGUGGCUCCGAUCCCGCUAUCACCCUGCAGUCCACGUGUAUGCAAAUGGGGCCCACGUGGCUGGAGAGCAGAUGGUGGAAUACAGAGGGAGGACUUCGCUGGUGACUGACACCAUCCACGAGGGAAAACUGACCCUGCAGAUCCACAAUGCCAGAACUUCAGAUGAGGGGCAGUACCGGUGCCUUUUUGGAAAAGAUGGUGUCUACCAGGAAGCCCGUGUGGACGUGCAGGUGAUGGCGGUGGGUUCCACCCCACGGAUCACCAGGGAGGUCUUGAAAGAUGGAGGCAUGCAGCUGAGGUGUACGUCUGAUGGGUGGUUCCCACGGCCUCACGUGCAAUGGAGGGACAGAGACGGAAGGACGGUGCCAUCAUUUUCCGAGGCCUUUUGGCAAGGGAGCCAGGAGCUGUUCCAGGUGGAGACACUCCUGCUGGUCACAAAUGGCUCAGUGGUGAAUGUGACCUGCUCCAUCGGCCUCCCUCUGGGUGAGGAGAAAACCGCACGCUUUCCUCUCUCAGACUCCAAGAUAGCUUUGUUAUGGAUGACCCUGCCUGUGGUGGUGUUGCCUCUCGCCAUGGCUAUCGACCUGAUCAAGGUGAAACGGCGUCGGACGAACGAACAAACACCCAACAUCAAUCGGGAAAAUAACAACAAUGGCGAAAGCAUGAAAUGUGACCAUCCCUUGCCCGUGCAUGGCAGCUUUAUCUCACCUUCUGGACCCAGCAUGAGAAUACUCAUCCUUCGAGUCUGCCAGUGGACCCAUGGAUCUGGCGCCCACAUAAACAACAGUGCCAGGAUGCAGGAAGAACUCAGGAAGGACACAGAAAGGAUGCUAUAA